UCCUCCUUUUUCCCUGCUGCUCCCGCGCGCGGCUGCCUCUUCUCCCCCGGGAUCCUCCCCCGAAAGAGCGAGUCCGGGCACCUGACGUCAGGGCUCGGCUUCCGUCGUCUUGACGUGUCCGCAGCCUGCCUCCCUCCCCCUCCCUCCCUCCUUCCUGGCUUCCUCCCUUGGCUGUGGGGCGGGCGGGGGUCCGGGCAGCAUGAGGAGCCCCGCCAGAGACCGAGCAGCGCGCCACGCGGGAAGAGGCAGGCAAUUGGGGUCCCCGGGCUUAUGCCUAUGGCACUGAUCGCGUAGCAACCAAAGGAGAAGGAACCCGAAGACCACCCCCCCCCCAGAAGAGGACCGCAUCUUGAUUGAUUGAUUGAUUGAUUGAUUGAUUGAUCAGUCUUGUGGUUUCUCCUCUUUCCGGGUGGUGCCAUGGCAAGGCUGGGCUGGGCUGGGCAUCCUCUCUGUGUGGCGCUGGCUCUGCUUUGGGCAGCGGCCAGCCCGAGCCAGGCGGGGAGGCAGUUUGUUAACGAGUGGGCAGCUGAAAUCCCCGGCGGGCCCGAGGCGGCUCAAGCCAUCGCCCGGGAACUGGAGUACGAACUCCUCGGACAGAUUGGAUCACUUGAAAAUCAUUAUCUGUUCAGACAUCAAAGCCAUAGAAGAAGAUCUCGAAGAAGCGCUAUUCUCCUCACAAAAAGGCUGUCGGAUGACCAUCGAGUUUCUUGGGCAGAACAGCAGUAUGGAAAAAAACGAAGUAAACGUUCAGUAUUCAAAGGCUCAGCAGAAAAUCUUUUCAAUGACCCGAUGUGGAAUCAACAAUGGUAUCUGCAAGACACAAGAAUGACUCAAUCUCUGCCCAAAUUGGAUCUCCAUGUUCUUCCAGUGUGGCAAAAGGGGAUUACUGGCAAAGGGGUUGUCAUAACAGUGCUUGAUGAUGGUUUGGAGUGGAAUCACACAGAUAUUUAUUCUAACUAUGAUCCAGAGGCAAGUUAUGAUUUCAAUGACAAUGAUGAGGAUCCCUUUCCUAGAUAUGAUCCAACAAAUGAAAACAAGCAUGGGACACGGUGUGCAGGAGAGAUUGCCAUGCAAGCAAACAACUUAAAAUGUGGAGUUGGAGUGGCAUACAAUUCCAAAGUUGGAGGCAUAAGAAUGCUGGACGGAAUAGUCACUGACGCCAUAGAAGCCAGUUCAAUCGGUUUCAGCCCAGAUCACGUGGACAUUUAUAGUGCCAGCUGGGGUCCAAAUGAUGACGGGAAAACUGUCGAAGGGCCAGGUAGAUUGGCACAGAAGGCUUUUGAAUAUGGAAUUAAAAAGGGGCGAAAAGGGAAAGGCUCUAUUUUUGUCUGGGCUUCUGGGAAUGGUGGCCGACAAGGAGAUAACUGUGACUGUGAUGGCUAUACAGAUAGCAUCUACACCAUCUCCAUCAGCAGUGCUUCGCAGCAAGGCCUUUCUCCAUGGUACGCAGAGAAGUGUUCUUCAACACUGGCCACAGCAUACAGCAGUGGGGAUUAUACUGACCAGAAAAUUAUAAGCGCUGACCUUCAUAAUGAAUGCACCUUCACUCACACUGGGACCUCAGCUUCUGCACCUUUAGCUGCCGGGAUUUUUGCCCUUGCUCUUGAAGCCAAUCCUAAUCUAACCUGGAGGGAUAUGCAGCAUUUGGUAGUCUGGACAUCUGAAUUCGAUCCAUUGGCCAACAAUCCAGGAUGGAAGAAGAAUGGGGCUGGGCUGAUGGUGAACAGCAGAUUUGGAUUUGGAUUACUCAAUGCUAAAGCAUUGGUAGAUUUGGCAGAUCCUAAAAGCUGGAAAGGCAUCCCAGAAAAGAAAGAGUGCAUUGUGAGGGACAGCAGCUUUGAGCCAAGGUUGCUAAAAGCUAGUGGUGAAGUUGCCAUUGAAAUUCCCACAACAGCUUGCGAAGGUCAAGAAAAUGCCAUUAAAUCUCUGGAACAUGUACAGUUUGAAGCCACAAUUGAAUAUUCCCGUAGAGGUGAUCUUCAUGUGACCCUAACUUCUCCAUCAGGCACCAACACAGUCCUACUGGCUGAAAGGCAAAGGGACAAGUCACCUAAUGGUUUUAAAGACUGGGAUUUUAUGUCAGUUCACACCUGGGGAGAGGAUCCGACAGGAACAUGGACUUUAAAAAUUGUUGAUUUGUCCAGAAGAAUGCAAAAUGAAGGACGAAUUGUGAACUGGAAAUUGAUUUUGCAUGGCACGUCCACCCGGCCUGAGCACAUGAAGAAACCCCGAAUUUAUACAUCAUACAACACUGUCCAAAAUGAUAGGAGAGGAGUGGAAAAGAUGACGGACUUUGUAGAGGAACACACUACACAGGAGAACUUGAAGGAAAAAACCAAGGAGGCAGAAAUUACCAGCAGCAAUGGGAAAACAAAGGAGAACCCCUUUUCAGAUGCAGUGCUCCGUCUACUGCAAAACGCAUUUCGGAGCCAGAUGGCCAGCAAUCAGGUCUCAAAGAAGAGACUUAAUGGAAACACCAACAUUCCCUAUGGACAUUUCCAACAAGCUCUCGAGAAACUAAACCGAGCCUCCCAGUUGAAAGACUCAGAGGAGUCUCUGUAUAGUGACUAUGUUGACCUUUUUUACAAUUCUAAACCAUACAAACAUAGAGAUGAUCGACUACUGCAAGCCUUGGUUGAUAUUUUGAAUGAGGAAGAUUAAAAAAGAUACAGCAAAAAGCACUAGGUUGGAAAUAUUCACCUGCUUCAUCUCCAUAGCACUCCUCAUUUCAGAUUAAGUCCUGCUUAUUCUGGCAAUUUGCAUGAACUCAGCUUUCAUUGCAUUGUAUUUAUGAAUGACCUAAAGAAUAGAAAAAGCAGGAAGAAAUGCAGCUUCUUAGAUGUUGAGAUAAUCACUGAUUUAUUCAAAGCAUUCAGCAAUCCUUUCAAGGUAGACAAGCGUUUUUCAAGAAUCAAAUAAAACCUUGAUCUUCAGAAAACAUUUGAGAUUCAGGACAGGAAUAUUUUUUUUUUCAAUAAACCAGAAAAAUAUUGUAGCCAUGAUUUCAGGUGAGACCCAUCCCAAACGUAAUGCAACAGUGUACACCCCACAUUGUCUGAUUUAAAUAAGGGUGUUUUUUUUUCACUUUUGGAAAUUCAAAAGGGAAAUCCAUACUUUAGCAACAUGAAGCAUAGGAAGAAUAUCUAAGGAUGGUUUGUUGAAGGCCCAAUCCACAUCAGGGAUACUCUUUCUGUUGAGUUCAGGAGAUAUUAUUUCGGGUCAAAGGACACCAAAGCUAGCAAUCAUAUGCCUUUACAGUGGUUCCCAACCUUUGGUCCUCCAGAUCUUUUGAACUUCAACUCCCAGAAAUCCCAGCCAUUUUACAGGUGUUAGGAAUUGUGGGAGCUGAAGUCCAAAACACCUAGAGGACCAAAGGUUGGGAAGCACUGCAUCCAUUUGCAGAAGAAAUACUGAAUUAUCUUUUUUCCACACAAUACUGUUAUGUUUUGCUACAGUGUAAUCUAUGUGUGACUACUCAGAGUAAGUCCCACUGAAUUCAACAGGGCUUACUCCAAGGUGAGAAAAGUUAUCAGGUGAAAUACAGUACAGGUAGUUCCCUAGUAACAAACAUCUGACUUACAAACAGUUCAUAGUUAAGAAUGAGGGUGAGAGAACAGGAAGUGAGAGAAAUCUUCCCAUAGGAAGGGAAAUUCACUCCGGAAAGAGUUAUUAUCAUGAGGAGAAACUGUCUCCACUGAAGCUUAAUCGUCAAUCCUUGUUUCCAUAAUAAGCCAUUUUUUUCAAAAUCCAAUUAUCACAGGAACAGAAAAUGUGGUGAAAUCUUCUGAAUGAGUUCACAGACAGCCAAAGAAACACCACAGGGGGUGUUAAUAAUAAAAUAAUAAUAAAAUUAUGCUAUCCAAAGCUAUAUAUAGAUAUAUUUCUGACUGGAGUUACCUUUAAAUAAUGCACCUGUUCUGACUUACAUCCAAAUUCAACUUAAGAACAAACCUACAGAACCUAUCUUGUUCAUAACUUGGGAACUGCCUGUAUAGGGCUUUGUUGUUGUUCUUGUUGUGUGCCUUCAAGUCAUUUCCAUUUCUCAAAUUGUUGAUAUUCUUUCUUCCAAUUUUCAUGCCUCCUCUCUUUGAAUCUAAUCAUUUUAUGUAUAUGUUCGGCUUACAAAUUAAAUAGAUAGGAUGAAAAAAUGCAGCCUUGCCUGACCCAUUUGCCAAUUGGAAACCAUUUCGUUUCUCCAUGUUGUCUUCUAAAAUUAGCCUCUUGUCCUCAGCAAAUGUUACACAACAGGACACUCCAUUUCUUUAAGAAUGAUCCAUAGUUUUUAAUGAUCUACACAGUCAAGGGUUUGCUAUAAUCUAUAAAGUGCAGGUUGGUUUUCUUCUGUAUUUUUCAUUUUGUUGAGUCCCAUUCUCACAAUGUGAUCCCCAGUGCCUUUGCCUUUUCUGAAACCAACUAGGAUAUCUGAUAUUUCUUCUCCAGUCUAAAAAAAAAACUAUUUCCUAUUGAAUGCACUAUGUUUUUGCUUCCAGGGAGACAAGCAGGUGCAUGUCAUGGGUACCAACCUUGAAUAAUGUGGCUGUGCCAAUAACCAUGGGAUAGUUGGUAGUGCACAAUGACUAUCAUGGCCAUUAUGGAAAGCACACAUACUUUUGCUGUUCCCAAAUCCAUGCUAAUGGUUGCUUCUUUGGGUUUUUCCUGUUUUACUUUCUGUUUUCAUAUUCCCUUGUUCGGGAAAAUGCUCUCAUUGUAAUACAGUUCGAGCACUGAAUUCCAUUGUAUUCUAGCCACCCAAUUUCCUCUAGUAAUGACAGAAAGCUUUAUGCUAACGAGAAUGCACGAUUAUUACACAGUUGGCCCUCUGGAUCCAUGGAUUUAACUAUCCACAGCUUGAAAAUACCCCCCCCCCCAAAAAAAAAUAUU